AUGGCGUACGUACGCACGGCUCGGGAAUCUGAACCCGGCCGAAGAGGACGCUCCAUUAGCGAAGAGAGUAUUUACGCAAGGACAAAUCCCUGCGGGGCUGGAAUGCACCCCGCUGCGGGGGAGGCAGCACCCCGCUUUGCCGGGGAACCCCGUGCCAUCGCCUUCCUGCUCCCACCGGGAUCCGGCUGCCCGGCGGUGCCUCCCCGGCAGCGGCAGGCAGUCAAGCGGCUAAUCGGCUGCAGCCGUGCUCAGGCGGACCUGUCCGAAGAGGAACAUGUGAGGACGCUCUUUGUCAGCGGGUUGCCUUUGGAUAUCAAGCCCCGGGAACUUUACCUGCUCUUCAGGCCCUUUAAGGGGUACGAAGGAUCUCUCAUCAAACUCACCUCCAAACAGCCCGUGGGCUUUGUCAGCUUCGACAGUCGCUCCGAGGCGGAGGCGGCGAAGAACGCGUUGAACGGCAUCCGCUUCGACCCCGAGAUCCCCCAGACGCUGCGGCUGGAGUUCGCCAAGGCGAACACCAAGAUGGCCAAAAGCAAGCUGGUGGGCACCCCCAACCCCAGCACGCCUCUCCCCACCGCCGUACCUCAGUUCAUCGCCCGGGAGCCCUAUGAGCUCACAGUGCCUGCACUUUACCCCAGUAGCCCUGAAGUGUGGGGGCCGUACCCUCUGUACCCAGCGGAGUUAGCACCUGCUCUACCUCCUCCUGCUUUCACCUAUCCCGCUUCGCUGCACGCCCAGAUGCGCUGGCUCCCUCCUUCCGAGGCUGGUUCUCAGGGCUGGAAGUCCCGUCAGUUCUGCUGAAUGCCGGGUGAGUGCCACCUCUCCGCUCCCGUCCUCCUGCGCCGGCGUGGUGGGCCGGGGGCCACCUCCGCCCUUACCCUGAGCUCCCCCCGCCACGACUCUCGGGGUCUCCGGCAGCUGAGGGUGGGUGUCCAGACCCUUCCAGCC